CUCGCUUUUCGAGCUUUUACAUCCGCGUACACUCUCCGUCUCGUGCUCUCUGUACGCGAGAGGAUCACAUUUCCUUCCCCCACAUGUCUUACUAUCCCUCUGAGCCGGAAGGCUCCGCUUCUUGGAACUACACAAUCCAGCCUCGUCUAUCGCGCGAACAGGUCUCUCCAACCGACAUCUCACAUGGUCGGCCGGCUUCUUCUUCCCGGGCGGCGGUGCCUGACAGCGAGAGCGUCAAGAAAAGAGGGAGAAUCACAAUGGCUUGCCUGCAUUGCCGACAGCGCAAAAUCAAGUGCGAUGGCGGACAACCAGCUUGCUCAACUUGCACAAGGCUCAGGCGUGAAUGUGUCUACGAAGCUGUUCGAGAGGAGGAGAACGUUGCUACUCGUGAGCGCAAAAGACUCGGUAAGGAGGCUAAAGAGUCGCGCUUGGCAGCUCUUGCUCGCCUUGGCAUCAUGCUACCGCCAGCGAGCGGGUCGAUGGGCGCUCCAGCCAUACACCAGUCAGGUCCUACUCGUAGCCGUCCACGCCCAAUGCGCUCCACUUCCGGCCGCGAUCUUGCGGCACCAUACCCUCGGAUUCCCUCUGAGGAAGACCCCACGGCGCUCCAUUCUCACCAUCAAUCUCUAGCUCACUCUGUCAGGCGACGAGGUGUGACCAUUGGAGGCCACGAAGUGGUUGAUCCGUCAAGCGGGCCUUUUCCACAUCGCACAACAUUGGUGCGGUUUGAUCCGAGCGAUCGCGUGGCCGGACGACCAUACCAAGCGCGUGCUUUCCAGCCUCCUCCAUCGCCCGAGCUGUGGUCUGGCUACGGCCUCUCGUCAUUGUCUCAGCCCUCGACACCUGAAGAAACAUAUAUGCUCCAUGCUUCAAUGUUGCAGUCUGAUUUGGCAACGCCAGCGACUCCCAGCGACGUGAUGCUUCCCUCGCCCUGGGGCCCACCCGCAGGUCUCCCGGCUCAAGCAACGAUGCGAGAUAUCGAUUCGCCUACCAGGUACGCAGGAGCAUCGAAUUCCGGGACGAACAGCCUCAACGCAAGUGCGGCACCGACGCCGGACGCUGCCGUGGCUCCACUGCCUCCAGCAGCGUCUUAUAUCUCACCCAGGACAACGACGCGAGCCAUGCCUUCACAUUAUCUCCGCGGACCUGAGCGAGAUGGUCCAAAUUCUUGGUCGCGACCUCCCACCGGAAGUGUGAUCGAUACGCGACGCAGAAGCUCGUACGACUCGCCCACAAGUGAUUACCGCCGACCUUCAAGGAAUCAAGCCGCUAUCUAUGAAUUUUUUUCACGAGUAGUAGCUGGAGCAAGCAAGCCAUCUCAUGGAGAGCUUACUACGGCCGCCACAUCUCUUCGACCAGCCAGACUGGACGUUCAGACGGAUGCCGAUCUGCCCACCGGCUCAGGCAGCACUGCAUGGCAGAGCGCUUGGCCUCCUCUUGCGCCAAACUUCCAACACGCUGACUCGCCAAAGCAUCGCCGUGAGAUCAGUGCAGAGCAACCUUCCGACUUCAACAACCCUUGGCUAUCGGCGAAUGACCGCUCUGCUUCUGGCUCGACGUUGGUAAGCAUUACUGGCACAGAUGCCGAGCAGGCAGGCGGUAGUGGGAGCUCGGCUUCCUCGGCUUCAAGAGGCGCCAGAGGUGGGCACAUGACGGCCAAACGCGGCGGCAGUCAGCUCAGUAGUUCUGGACGUAACAGCACCAGCUCUGCUGCCUCUGUUCCCACCCAAACAGAAGAAGCUGCGCAAGCCUACGCGCUUGCAAUGGCGCACUCGAGUACGACUCCGAGUCACACCUAUCUCGCGCCAGCCGAUUGGAGCUCGCGUCAAAAUUCGCUUGGUGGAUCUCCCGGCGGCAGCAAUAACAGCGGCCACAGCAGUGGUGUGCAUUCGUGGCAGAGCGGACAACAACAGCGACCCCUGGCCGAAGGUUCGAGGGCAACAAGCGGCGCUUAUUCGAUGCACUUGGGGCUGUCCUCCCAACAAACGCGCAUCACCGGAGAGACCGGCUGGGCAGGUGUGCGACCCGACGAGGUCUUCAUUUCGCCGGACAGUGCCCUCUCUCGAAGCAUGCUCGAGAUGUCGUACGAUCAGCGCAGCGCAAGCAGCGGGGAUAGAGCCACAGCAAACGUGCCGCAGCAGAGACUACAUGACUCACCCUACUCCGUGGACACUUCAGGCUUGACACGUGCGGAGGCACAAUGGCUUGCCCCACCUCCGUUGAGCGGUGCUCCGUCUCCAGACAUCUACUGGACGCAACCAGGAUCUGCGCAAGCGCAGCACCAGCUUCCAGCCGAUCAGCGUCAACCUUCCUUGGGUCCAUCUCUUGGGCAUCGUCAAAGUUUCGCUGGCGUGAGCGGGGAAUUGCCUUUUUGGCUCAGUCCUGAGCGAGAUCACAGCGCAGAGAGAGACUCUACCUCGGACAUGCAGAGCCCGAAGGGCCACUCGCGGCAACCAUGAUGUCAGUCCUGACCGUGUCCUCUUCAAAAUUGUAAGGUGCCGAGCUCUAUCAGCCACUGCCCUCUAUCACCGCAUUUUCGCAUUGUUUGCAACUGCAUCUUGUACCGUUCUGCCUCCUCGCGAAGGUCACCUUCAGACCUUUUCAAAGCUGUUUCUAGUGGAAUCAAUGCUCUUGUCCAGGACGCAAUUUGAGCUCAAGCCCUGCAUUAUAGGGUGGCUAUGGCCCACCGUCAUGUGGCGGUGCAAUUGCUCCGAGCUCGGUGAGCUAGCGUUUGCGGUGUUG